AUGACAAAAACGUUUAAUUAUAAUAAUAAUAUAGAUUAUAAUAAUAAAAAUGAGAUAUUGUUUUUUUCAAUAUGGAGAAACCAGUAUCUAUUAAGCGAAAUACAAAGACAUCACAGGUUGUAUAAUGAAAAUAAAGUAAUAAAUGUGAACAACUCAAUGGAUCAACUUAGAUAUCAUCCACAUAGAGGAUAUACCACAACAAUUAGAAUUGAUGUUGACGAGCCAUUAGAACCACAUGGUCAAGUUAUACCCUAUGGCACAACUGAAUUAGAAUUCAGAGGGAAAUUUAAAAGUAUUGAAGUAGGUGAUAUUCCACCAACAGUCACUAGUGUGUACUUUGAUAAUAAGUUUUAUAGCCAAAUUGAUAUUAAAUCAGUUAUACCACCAAGUGUUACAAAAUUGUAUUACCUCAACUAUAAUCAAGCAAUCACACCCGAUACAUUACCACCAUCACUUACCAGUUUAACAAUAGGAAUCAAUCAAGGGAUCAAUAUUGAUAUUGGAUCUUUACCAAACUCAUUAACUUAUUUGUUUCUAAAUAGAUUUAAUCAUAUAAUUAAACCUGGUUUAUUUGGUUCAAUUGUAGAAUUACAUCUAUGCUCAUUUAAUCAACCUUUAAAAGCUGGUGACUUGCCUGUAACAUGUCAAAAACUAUCUCUUUACUCUUACAACCAACCACUUCAACCAAAUGUUAUUCCGCCUCAAUUAAAAAUAUUAGACAUAUCUAGUUUUAAUCAUCCAAUCUCGCAUGGUGUACUUCCAGAAUCAAUCACCGAACUACAUUUGAACCAUUUUAGUCACCCAUUAUCCAACUCUCUAUCAUCGAUACAUUCAUUAAAAACACUGCAUCUACAAAGCUAUAAUCAAAAGAUAUCCAACGAAACAUUACCGCAUUCUAUCGAAUCAUUGACAUUGAAUGUCUAUAAUCAAGUUUUAACACCAAAUGUACUUCCACCAUCAAUAACCAAUUUAUAUUUAGGAGCCUAUAACCAUCAAUUAGAUCCACAAGUAAUACCACCAAAUGUGAAAAAAUUAGUCCUUUAUUCAUAUAAUCGUAAACUUGGUAAACAUUUAUUCCCAAAUUCUUUACAUAUUUUAUCAUUAUCAAAUUAUCUAAACAGUUUAUUAAAAAAUGAUCUGCCAUCGUCGUUGAGGGAACUUUAUUUUGAUUUCAAUGGUCCAGAAAGCUUUCAAGCAAACUCAAUACCACCAUCAGUUGAAAUAUUAAGACUACCAGGGUACUAUAAUCAACCUCUUCAAAUGGGUGUAUUACCAAAAUCCCUCACCCAACUGGCCCUUGGCUAUAGUUUUAAUCAACCUCUAAACCCAGCUACUAUCCCACAAUCUGUUACUCGAAUAGAUAUACCAAGCCCAUAUGAACACACAAUACCAGAUUCUUUAUCAAAAAUAAUAAACUAA